GACUUGAGCAACACCACAGAUCUCGUCCACACAUGUACGGCUGACUGCAGAUGAAGCUGAGCUGUGGCCAUCCUGAACACCGGGAGAUGCGACGGCCACACAUCUCCCUCUCCUCUUUGGUAUGGAGCAUCCUGCAUCUCAUCAUCUGGCUAUUGGCGCGUCCAGCGGCCUCGGUGAAGCAUCGGACUCUGCUGAAGGCGGCGAUGCCAGCAGCUUCUCGCAAGGGCUUUGGUGCGACGAGGCAAGAUGCUCUGUUCGAGAGGUUUCUCAGAAGCAGGAGGAAGGGCGAUGAGUUGCCGCAAGGGACGGCUGGCAUCAGAAGAAGUCGGCAAUCCCGCCUCGACGAGAGAGUGUUCCCGUGCAAGCCAUCAAGACGGAUCUCUGCGUGGCGGCGCCGACGACCACUCGCGACGGUUCCCACUCCCGCAAGCAACCCUGCGGAGGUCGCUGCAAUUCGGUCAGCCAAGAGCGGCAAGAGCCUGCGUCGGCGAGCCCAGUUCCUGUGGCUCAAGUCCAUCAUCGCAGGGGGGCUCAGCUCGGGCAUCGUGACGAUCUGCCUGCACCCCCUGGAGACGGUGAAGGUGCUGCUUCAGAAGGAGGCCAAGGGGCAGAGCAUGCGGGAGGUCUUCUACUUUCUCGCCACACAUGGAGGCGAGAAGACGGAGCCCCGGACGAGGGAUGUCCUGCAGGGGCUCUACAGCGGCAGCGUCACUUCGGCACUCAGCGCCAUGCCCAGCGCGGCCAUCAAGAUGGGGUCUUACGAGCUCUGCAGGCUGGCUGGCGCGCCUGCAUGGUUCGCCGCCAGCUUUGGCAUGGUGGUCUCGGCCAGUGCAAGAGCGCCCUUCGAGCUCGCAAAGACCCGACUGCAGGUGAAUGGAUGAGUAAGAGACCACACUCAUAGCCUCAACACCACCCCUCUCUGUCUGAGUGUAUCUAUCUAUCAGGCUGGCCUCAACACCAACACGUGGUCAGCGUGCCGCGACCUCCUCCGCAGCCAGGGCAUCGGGGGCCUCUAUCGCGGCAACCUCGCCACAAUCAUCCGCGACCUGCCCUACUUCGCCAUCUCGGUGUCGGUGUACGAGUACCUGAAAAGGCAGAUCGCCGAGAGGCGGGCCCGCUCCAAGGGGAGGCAGCUGGGCGGGAGCCUCAAGGUGCGGCUGCGGAUCCCCGACCCAGCCAGCCCCCCAGACGGCAGUGACGACGAGAUUUUUGAGUACCCCAUCAAGGUCUCCUACUCGGCAAACUCGCUGAUAGGGAGGCCGCCAGUGGAGCCGGAAAGGGUGAGGGCGAGAAAUGACACCAAGCGGCCGACAGAAGACGAAAAAGCGUCUUCGAAGGCUGCUGCGGGUGAUGACGAGAACCACGGUGUGUUUGGGUGGUGGCGGUGGGGUCACAAGGAGGUGACUUACGAGUACCAGGUGCCGCCACCUCAGAACCUACUCGAGGGCCUGCUCGUCAUUGCAGCGGGGGCCGCAUCAUCAGCCUUCGCUGGUGAGAAUGACACGGCACACACAGACCACACAGGACAGCGGCAGAGAGCGUGGUGUGCUGUUGUGCUGCGCUGUGUGUGUGUGUGCAGGCGCGUUGUCGACCCCUGCAGACGUGGUCAAGACGCGUGUACAGACGAGCUUCAGGGGCACGCCGGGUUCCAGCGUCGGUGUGGGGACGGCCUUUAGGCUGAUCCUGAGGAAGGAGGGGCUGGCGGCCAUGUACAGAGGGGCCGCACAGGUGCUUGCCUACACACACACAUUCAUGACAUCAUGACAUCAAUCCUCUCUGCUGCUGUGCCUGUAUGUGUAUGUGUGUCAUGCAGCGAGCUAUGUAUUUGGGCAUAUUGGGUGCCCUCUACUACCCCCUGUAUGACCUACUGAUGAGUUAUAUGAGUUGGGAGCGCAUGACGCGGUCGAUGGCCGCCAUGCGGGAGAUCUCACGAUGGGUCACUUUGAGGCCGCCCCUGAGAAGAACCACAGCCGACGCGGUCCCGCCGGCCGCCUUCUGCUGUCCUCCCCCCUUGCUGCCAAGACGGAUAGGAGACUUAGAGCAGCAGUCUGGUGCAUCAGUCAGAUCUUUAUUGAGGACGCGUGAUGGCUUCAUGAGGAGGGAUACGGAUGCGUUGUGGUGAUGAUCUUGAUGUCCGAUUGACGCAUGCAGCAUUGGCAAGUCAAGCAUGGCAUGGAUCGAAGCGCUAGCCUGAAAGUCAGUCCUACGUGUAAUUAAU